AUGCAGUCUGAGGAGUCGUCACCAGAGCCUCAGUACCGUCCAAUUACCAACGUGGGCCACUCGAACAAUGUGCAUGCGGGGAAUCAUGUCUCCGCACAGUCGAGCGGUCUCCCAACGCCCCGCCAGAUCAUCUUGAAACCACCCAAGAUGGCCUCUGAGGAUGACUUGACUCCGGAACCGUCAGAUGUCGACGAUGCAGAGGGCGAGGAGGAGGUCGAUGGUAGCGAAGCAAUGGGCACAGCGCCAGUCUCUAACAUGGACAGCGAGUCGGACGACCAGUCGGACGACGAGUUCGACGACGAUGAUGGAGAUGAUGAUCCCGACUUUGGUGCGAGCAAGAAGCCAAAGGGCAAAGGUCCCCCCAAGCUCAAGAAGUCUACAGUGGGCCUCUUCCCCUCUGUUCGCCGCGCCGGAUCCAACUCGUCAGACGAGGACUACGCCGCUAAGUCGCACAAGAAGAAGUUCUUCCAGCGCUCCGGAGCCCACUCGCGCGGCACAGCAACACCCGACACAAGCUUCGGCGCAUCAGACGACGGCUCUUCCUGGCGCCGUGGUGCGGCUCGCAAAGUGGUCACCUACAAUGAGGCCAACGUCGACUACGGACUCGACAGCGACGGAGAUGACGACAUGUUCUACGGACGCGAAGUACCCAUUGAGAACGGGGCUGUUGCGGACGAGAUCGACCUUGUUUUGUCCCAUAGUCGUGACGACGAGCACAAGAACGACGAGACGGACGAUCCUCAGACCAACUUGCGGUUCCACAUCAAGUGGAAGGGUUACAGUCACAUCCACAACACGGACGAGCUCUACUCGUUCCUCAAGGGGUACAAGGGCUUCAAGAAGGUUGAGAACUACAUACAAAGGGUCUGGCUCGUCCAGCAAGCCUAUCACCAUCCAACUCCGGACGCCAAGUGGAAGCCCAGUCGUGAAGACCUCGAGCAAUACGAGAUCGACUGUGAGCGGAUCCGCGAGACUCAAGAGAGUUACAAAACCGUGGAACGCGUGGUCGGCGAGAAGGAGGAGAUGCGGGACGGCCAGCGCGUGACCCUCUUCCUCUGCAAGUGGACCAACCUUCAUUAUGCCGAGUGCACCUGGGAAUCUUAUGACGAGAUCAAGGGCCAGGCUCAAGAGGCCAUCACAGAGUAUCACGAACGCAUGGCCCGCCCGACUGUCCCUGCCCGUUCCGCCAACUAUCCCAUCCACUCCCGCCCCGCGUACGUGAAGAUCUCCGAGGAUCCCGAGUACCUUCAAAGUUGUGGCCAGCUUAAGCCUUUCCAACUCACGGGUCUCAACUGGCUGGCCUAUUUGUGGUGUAAGGGCGGCCACGGAGGCAUGCUGGCGGACGAGAUGGGCUUGGGCAAGACUGUUCAGUCGGUCAGUUUUCUGUCUUACCUCUUCCACACCCAGAAGCAGUAUGGGCCCUUCUUGGUCGUCGUGCCUCUCUCAACGAUCAACGCCUGGCAAAUGCAGUUCCGUACCUGGGCACCCGACCUCAACGUUAUCAUGUACAUGGGCUCUGCGGCAUCGCGCGAGAUGAUCCGCCAGACCGAGUUCGGCCCUCCUAAGAACCUCAAAUUCAACGUCCUCCUCACGACGUACGAAUUCAUCCUCAAGGACCGUGCCGAUCUCCAGCAGAUCAAGUGGCAAGUGCUCGAGGUCGAUGAGGCCCACCGCCUCAAGAACAGCGACUCGCAGUUGUACGACGCACUGCAGAGCUUCUCCACAGGGUUCCGCCUGCUCAUCACUGGUACGCCACUCCAGAACAACGUAAAGGAACUUCUCGCUCUCUUGCACUUCAUCGAGCCCGAGGAGUUCCAGCUCGCCAACGAUUUCGAGCUGGGCGAUGCGGAGCAGGAGGCCAAGAUCAAGGCUCUCAACUCGCAGCUUGAGACUCUCAUGCUUCGUCGCCUCAAAAAGGAUGUCGUCAAAGAGCUCCCCACCAAGUCAGAGUCGAUUCUGCGUGUUGAGAUGUCCGGUCUUCAGCAGCACUACUACAAGAAUAUCCUCACGAAGAACUUCGCUGUACUCAGCAAGGGCGGCACACAGAAUGUUUCUUUGAUGAACGUUGCGAUGGAGCUGAAGAAGGCUGCCAACCACCCGUAUCUUUUUGACGGUGCUGAAGAUCGCACAAAGCCAGUAAACGAACUGCUCCGCAGCCUCGUCAUGAACUCGGGCAAGAUGGUUCUUCUCGACAAGCUUCUCGCUCGCCUCAAGGCUGAUGGGCACCGGGUCCUUAUCUUUAGCCAGAUGGUCCGCUUGCUAGACAUCAUCUCGGACUACAUGGCCGCGCGCGGCUAUGUUCAUCAGCGUUUGGAUGGCACUGUCCCUAGCGACGUCCGCAAGAAGAGUAUCGAGCACUUCAACGCCCCUGGUUCUCCUGAUUUUGCUUUCCUUCUCUCCACUCGCGCGGGCGGUCUCGGUAUCAACCUCGAGACGGCCGACACAGUCAUCAUCUUCGACAGCGACUACAACCCGCAGAACGACCUGCAGGCGAUGGCGCGUGCACACCGUAUCGGCCAGACGCGUCACGUCAACAUUUACCGCUUCGUCACCAAGGGGACAAUCGAGGAGGACAUCCUCGAACGCGCAAAGCGCAAGAUGAUCCUCGAGUAUGCGAUCAUCAACCAGACCGACACGAGCGGCGGCCAUAUCAAUGGAACCUCCACUCCCAAGGACAAGAACGGCGACUUCUCCAAGGAAGAGUUGGCUGCGAUCCUCAAGUUCGGAGCCAGGUCGAUGUUCCAGGCCGACGAGAAUGCUCAGAACGAGAAGCUCGAUGCCAUGGACCUGGACGAUAUUCUCACCAAGGCUGACAACUUCGACACGGAGGCAGCGGCUGCUCCAGCAGGGACCUCCUCGGGCGGCGAGGCCUUCUUGGCACAGUUUGCCGCUAUCCAGGACGUCAAGAACGACACCGAUGACCUCAGCUGGGAUGACAUCAUCCCUGUUGAUGAGCGUGUUAAGAUGGACGAGGAUGAGAGCCGGGCACUGCAAGCCGAAGAGAUGGGGUCGCGCAAACGAGCAGCUGCUCGCGCGCCAGGUGCAUACGAGGGCAUGGACGAAGCUGAGCCCGAACUCCGCGACAGCAAGGCUCCUUCUCCUUCAGAACGCAAGGCCAAGGUCACAGGCCCUCGGAAGAGCAAUGCGCAAAGGGCCAUUGAGCUCAAGGACCGUGACCUUCGUGUUCUCAUCCGUGGUCUGCAGAAGUGGGGUCCCAUCCGCACUCGAUACGACACCAUUGUCGAGGAGGCCAAGCUGGCUGCCAAGAACCGCGUCGUCAUCAUCCAGACUUGCGACGAUAUCCUCAACCAGGCAGAAGAGGCUGUUGCGGCGCACAAGAAUGAGUUGCGCGCAAUGCAGGAGCGUGGGGAGACGAUUUCGUCCUCGUUGAGGCAAAAAGCUAUCCUCUUCACGUUCCGCGGCAUCCAGGGUAUCAAUGCCGAGACAGUCGUCGCCCGCCAUUACGAGCUCAAGGCGUUGGUCGAGCACUUCAGACGCGUCGACGACGUUGAGAAGUACGCCAUUCCUCACGACAACCUCAAGCCUACCAUGAACUGGAGCGUGGAGUGGGGUCCAAAGGAUGACGCCCGCCUCCUGAUCGGCAUUUGGAAGUACGGCUUCGGCGCGUGGGAGUCCAUCAAAUCUGAUUAUAACCUCCACCUGCAAGACAUGAUCUUCCUUGAGGAUCCCAAGAUGAAGGACCCAGGAGCUCCUAAGGCGGGCAUCCCUGGCCCCAUUCACCUUGUUCGCCGUGGUGACUAUCUCUGUGGUCUCAUCAGGGAAUACGAGGAGAACCGACGCAUGCUCAUAGAGCAACAGGCGGUCAUUGCGAACAUGCCGGUGAAAGAAGGCUUUGGGUACGACCACCCACCAAUCCCUUCAGCUUCCGCCACCACCUCCUUCAAACCGCCAUCGAUCACCCCGUCGGCUUCCAACAAGGCCGACAAAGGAAAGCGUCGCAAGACGCCUGAGUACACCGACUCCGAGGACGACGAGAGCUACGACUCCAUGGAUGAAGAUGCCAUCAAGGAACUUUUGAGGCCGGCUAAGAAGCAUCUGAAGAAGCUGAAGUCGGGGACCGAAAACUUGUCUCGCGAGGAGAAGAUUGCUGCACUCAAGGAGUGCGUAGCCGGCAUUGGCUCCCGGAUCGACGAGAUUGUUGCCGAGAAGGCGUCCCAAGGGCAAGACGGUUCGAAAUGGCGCAAACAUUGCUGGGUCUUUGCCUCCUUCUUCUGGCCUCGACAAGGUGUCAACUACCAGAAGCUCAUGGACAUUCACUCCAAACUGGCAAAGGAGUCAAGUCCAGCGCCAAAGAAGGCGAAACGCAAGGGAGAAGCAGCAGAAGGUGGAGGGAAGAAGCGAGUAAAGAAGGAGAUAGAUUGA